AUGACAAGCUCGUCAACUUCGUCUUCCAGACCGGCGACGCGCAGGUCAGUGCACGGUGUCCCAACAAAAUGCUGGUGUGGGAAAGGUCUUCUGAUUUGGGCUUCAGAAACCAAAGAGAACCCAUAUCGUCGUUUCUACCGUUGCGAAGUCGCCCUCCAGAGGAAAUCAGAGUCACACCUGUUCAAAUGGGAAGACGAAGCACUUCUUGAUGAAGUGAGGCUGGUGGAUGCGAAAGUUAUGGAUCUUGUGCACGAUUAUCAGGCAUUAUCAAAAAUCGUACUUGAUAAGCUGGAUGAACAGAAGGUUGACUGUCAGUCCAAGCUCAAUCAACACAUCUCGGAGAUGAAACAACAAAUGCUGGAAGCCAAAAGUCAGAUGAAAGAAGAGUUUCAAGCUAACCUUGCUUCAUACAUGGAGGCAACACAGAUACGCGAGACUUCCCCGACCAAUAACUUUGUUGCGGCUUUUGCAAUUGUCGGUGCUAUCGCAUGCAUCUAUUGGAAGCUCGUCUAG